AUGAGCCGCAGGUUCACCGUCACCUCGCUGCACCCCGCAGGGCCAGCGGGGAUACCUGACACCGAGUCCAGCCGGAGAGCUGCCGCAGACCCCCACCGCGUCCCGCAGGGAGACGCCAAAGGUGAUGGCAACCCCAAGGAGAGCAGUCCCUUCAUCAACAGUACCGACACCGAGAAGGGAAAAGAGUAUGAUGGCAAGAACAUGGCGCUGUUUGAGGAGGAGAUGGACACCAGCCCCAUGGUGUCCUCUCUGCUCAGUGGCCUGGCCAACUACACCAACCUGCCGCAGGGAAGUAGGGAGCACGAAGAGGCGGAAAACAAUGAGGGUGCAAAGAAGAAGCCCGUGCAGGCCCCACGCAUGGGCACCUUUAUGGGCGUGUACUUACCAUGCCUGCAGAACAUCUUUGGUGUCAUCCUCUUCCUGCGACUCACCUGGGUGGUGGGCAUCGCAGGCAUCAUGGAGUCCUUCUGCAUGGUGUUCAUCUGCUGCUCCUGUACGAUGCUCACAGCCAUCUCCAUGAGUGCGAUCGCAACCAACGGUGUUGUGCCUGCUGGCGGUUCCUACUACAUGAUUUCCAGGUCUCUUGGUCCAGAGUUUGGGGGUGCCGUGGGCCUCUGCUUCUACCUGGGCACUACCUUUGCUGGGGCCAUGUACAUCCUGGGCACCAUCGAAAUCCUGCUGGCUUACCUCUUCCCAGCUAUGGCCAUCUUCAAGGCUGAGGAUGCCAGUGGGGAGGCAGCAGCCAUGUUGAACAAUAUGCGUGUGUAUGGCACCUGUGUGCUCACCUGCAUGGCCACCGUGGUGUUUGUGGGCGUCAAGUAUGUCAACAAGUUUGCCCUUGUCUUCCUGGGUUGCGUCAUCCUCUCUAUCCUGGCUAUCUAUGCAGGGGUCAUCAAGUCUGCCUUCGACCCACCCAACUUCCCGAUCUGCCUCCUGGGGAACCGCACACUGUCUCGCCAUGGCUUUGAUGUCUGUGCCAAGCUGGCUUGGGAAGGAAAUGAGACGGUGACCACGCGGCUCUGGGGCCUUUUCUGCUCCUCUCGCUUCCUCAACGCCACCUGUGAUGAGUACUUCACCCGAAACAAUGUCACAGAGAUCCAGGGCAUUCCUGGUGCUGCCAGUGGCCUCAUCAAAGAGAACCUCUGGAGCUCCUACCUGACCAAGGGUGUGAUUGUGGAGAGGCGGGGGAUGCCCUCAGUGGGCCUGGCAGACGGCACUCCUGUUGACAUGGACCAUCCCUACGUCUUCAGCGAUAUGACCUCCUACUUCACCCUGCUGGUUGGCAUCUACUUCCCCUCAGUCACAGGAAUCAUGGCUGGUUCUAACCGCUCUGGGGACCUGCGGGAUGCCCAGAAAUCAAUCCCCACUGGCACCAUCCUUGCAAUCGCCACCACCUCCGCUGUCUACAUCAGCUCUGUUGUUCUGUUUGGGGCCUGCAUUGAGGGGGUCGUCUUGCGGGACAAGUUUGGUGAAGCUGUGAGUGGCAAUCUGGUGGUAGGGACGCUGGCCUGGCCAUCUCCUUGGGUGAUUGUCAUUGGAUCCUUCUUCUCCACCUGUGGGGCUGGGCUACAGAGCCUCACAGGAGCCCCACGCCUACUGCAGGCCAUCUCCCGGGAUGGCAUAGUGCCCUUCCUGCAGGUCUUUGGCCAUGGCAAAGCCAAUGGAGAGCCGACAUGGGCCCUGCUCUUGACUGCCUGCAUCUGCGAAAUCGGCAUCCUCAUUGCAUCCCUCGACGAGGUUGCCCCCAUCCUCUCUAUGUUCUUCCUGAUGUGUUACAUGUUUGUGAACCUGGCCUGUGCAGUGCAGACGCUGCUGAGGACGCCCAACUGGAGGCCACGCUUCCGCUAUUACCACUGGACACUCUCCUUCUUGGGCAUGAGUCUCUGUCUGGCCCUCAUGUUCAUCUGCUCCUGGUAUUAUGCCCUGGUGGCCAUGCUCAUUGCUGGGCUAAUCUACAAGUAUAUUGAGUACCGCGGGGCGGAGAAGGAGUGGGGCGAUGGGAUCCGAGGCUUGUCUCUCAGUGCUGCUCGCUAUGCCCUCUUGCGCCUGGAAGAGGGGCCUCCACACACCAAGAACUGGAGGCCACAGCUGCUGGUGUUGGUGCGUGUGGACCAAGACCAAAAUGUGGUGCAUCCACAGCUGCUCUCAUUGACCUCCCAGCUCAAGGCAGGGAAGGGCCUGACCAUUGUGGGCUCUGUCCUUGAGGGCACCUUUCUGGACAACCAUCCCCAGGCCCAGCGGGCAGAAGAGUCCAUCCGGCGCCUGAUGGAGGCAGAGAAGGUGAAAGGCUUCUGCCAGGUGGUGAUUUCCUCGAACCUGCGUGAUGGCGUGUCCCACCUGAUUCAGUCUGGGGGCCUCGGGGGGCUGCAGCACAACACUGUGCUUGUCGGCUGGCCCCGCAACUGGCGGCAGAAGGAAGACCAUCAGACUUGGAGGAACUUCAUUGAGCUGGUCCGAGAAACCACGGCUGGCCACCUAGCCCUGCUGGUCGCCAAGAAUGUUGCCAUGUUUCCUGGGAACCCUGAGCGCUUCUCUGAGGGCAGCAUCGACGUCUGGUGGAUUGUGCACGACGGGGGGAUGCUCAUGCUGCUGCCCUUCCUGCUACGACACCACAAGGUCUGGCGGAAGUGCAAGAUGCGUAUCUUCACGGUGGCCCAGAUGGACGACAAUAGCAUCCAGAUGAAGAAGGACCUGACCACAUUCCUGUACCACUUACGCAUCACCGCAGAGGUCGAGGUGGUGGAGAUGCAUGAGAGCGACAUUUCGGCUUACACCUACGAGAAGACACUGGUGAUGGAGCAACGCUCCCAGAUCCUCAAACAGAUGCAUUUAACCAAGAAUGAGCGAGAGCGGGAGAUCCAGAGUAUCACAGAUGAGUCUCGAGGCUCAAUCCGGAGAAAGAACCCAGCAAACACUCGGCUCCGCCUCAGUGUCCCAGAAGAGACAGCUGGUGACAGCGAGGAGAAGCCAGAGGAGGAGGUGCAGCUGAUCCAUGACCAGAGCGCUCCCAGCUGCCCCAGCAGCUCACCGUCCCCAGGGGAAGAGCCUGAGGGUGAGGGUGAGGCAGAUCCUGAGAAGGUGCAUCUCACCUGGACCAAGGACAAGUCAGCCGCCGAGAAGAAUAAGGGCCCAAGCCCCGUCUCCUCCGAGGGCAUCAAGGACUUUUUCAGCAUGAAGCCGGAGUGGGAGAACUUGAACCAGUCCAACGUGCGGCGCAUGCACACGGCGGUGCGGCUGAACGAGGUGAUCGUGAAGAAAUCCCGGGACGCCAAGCUUGUUUUGCUCAACAUGCCGGGGCCUCCCCGCAAUCGCAACGGUGACGAAAACUACAUGGAGUUUCUCGAGGUCCUCACCGAACACCUGGAUCGAGUGAUGCUGGUCCGCGGCGGCGGCCGCGAGGUCAUCACCAUCUACUCCUGAGAGCCAGGACCUGCCCCCCGGGCCGAGUGCGCCCGGCCCGCGGCCCCGGAGCUCUUGCCGCGCCCCCCGCCGCCGUCACCGUUUACAUACAGACCCUGUGCCCGCGCCCCGGCCCCUUCCCCCGCUGCCUGAAGCCCGAGGACACGCCCGUCGGAGCUGACCCGGAGAGGACGGCCCCCGGCGGUUCCGGUCUCUUGGCCCGGCUGCGCUGCCCUCGUUUCUGAGCCCGACCUCGCCCCG